AUGGCUACGAGAAAUUUGUUAUUUCAAGUCCAUCAUGGUGGGAUAAUUGAUAGGCGGCAGAAUGAGGAAUAUGUUGGGGGUAAGACUGAUGUGUACCAUGAACCAUAUGAUGAGGAUCAACUAUCAUGGAUUGAGAUACAGACGAUUAUGGCCAAGUAUGGUUACCAUCCAGGUGACCUAGUCUACUAUAGACACCCUAGCUUGAGGAUGCACAAUGGUCUUAAAUUGCUUACAUCUGACCAUGAUGUGCUGUCUAUGGUGGCUGCGCUUCAGGAUCAACAAGUGGCUCAUUUGUAUCUUGUGUCUCAUUCUCGAACUUCAGUGCACCAGUCUUCUUUGCAUGAUCAUCAUGUCGAGGAGGAUGUGAGUGAGGAUGAGGAGGAAGCAGAAGCACGUCGCCUUGGACUUAAUGAUCCAUUUUGGAAAGAAGUGUUGAGUAGUGAGGAUGAGUUGUAUGACAUUGAUGUCAAUACAGUGGGAACAUCGAGGUCAAAGCCUGCACAACCAAGGAGUAAAGGUGUUGAGUCUCAAGUGACAGUUGAUGAUAAAGAGCCACAAUCUUCCUCAGAUGCUGAGGAUGAGGAGGAUGAAGGGAGGAAUCAAGACAGAAGUGGUCCAAGGUGGCCAGAGGAGGAUGACAUAGGUAAUUGUUCUGAUAUGACACCAAGUGACGUCCUUCAAUCUCCUGUCCAUAGUGGUGACGAAGGACAUCAUGAUUUUAAGUUUCCCGAGUUUCAAGCUGUUGACUUGGAGAAGCCAAAAAUAUCUGUUGGAAUGAAGUUUGGAUCUACAGCACAGUUUAGAGAGACAAUAAGGAGGUUGAACCUAAAUAUAGGUAAAUCGAUAAAAUUUGCAAAGAAUGAUGGGGAUAGGGUUACUGUUGUCUGCAAUACCCCUAAAUGUCCUUACCGGGUUUAUGGAUAA